AUGUCUCUGCCCCAGGCUACCAAGGAUGUCUCUGAGAGGCCCGCCGCCACCUCCGUCGUCGAUCCAAUCGACAAGAAGACCCAAGCAGAGGAUGUUGACCGCAAACUCGGUGUCGUCGGCGUUCUCAAGGCUUUCUCCGAAUCUCGCAUGCCUUCCAACGAGCAAAUCGACAAGUUCCUCAAAUACGUACUUCAGAACUCCCCCGUUGAUACCAAGGAGCUCUCCCACGACGGCCAGCGGCUCAUCGAAGACACGCGCGACAUCAUCGAGAGCGCGCGCCUCAUCGUCCAGCAGAAGAACGCCGAUGAGCUCUUCCAGAACUUCGUGUGGCAUACACGCGACGUGGACCUUACCCAGGCGAAAAAGGACCCCAAGGAGGUUGUUCCCGUCGACAAUGGGAAGGUUCAGGAAGAUGGACGCGAGGCCGUCAAGCAUCUCCGGACCCUCCUCUCCCUCGUUAUGACCAACGCUGAAGUGCGCAAGCUCUUAACCGACUUUUCGACCAUCGGUCGCGACAUCCUCGCCCGCACCGCCAGCAAGGUCGCGGACAAGGCUCGCCCCGAUGAGGAGGCUCUGCACCGCAUCGACGAGUCUGCACCUCGGGACCAGUUCGUGACGGAAGGCGGUCGAUUGGCUGGACAGGACGAGACCCCAGUGCUCGAAGCGCGCAUUCCGGGCACCGAUACCAACAUUGCUCAGCACCCACGCGAAGAACUCGGUCAGGGAGCAAGAGUCAGAGAUGCCAAUGGCCAGGUCAGAAGCGGUGCUGAUGUCGUGGACGAGGCCCAGGUCAAAGUUGACCAGGCCACUGGCAGCGCGCAGGUAUCACAACGUCAGACUGAAGAUCUCCAAGAGAUGGUUGGGGACAACGUUGUACCUGAGGAUCGUGAAGACGCCGAGUUGAAGAAGAAGGGCUUCAUGAAUAAGAUCCGCGGUGUUGGGGCCGGUUUGUCGGACCGCAUCCCCCAAGACCACAAGGAACGCGCGAACGAACAUUAUGAGCGCGCCAAGCGUGUAUUGGCCGAAGAUUAUUUCCCUGAGGAGCGCCGCGAUCAGUUCCUUUACCGAGGAAAGAAGGUCAUCGUCGAGUGCCAGAGGCACAAGGACUACCAAGAGUCCAUCAAAUGGUUGCUUAGUUUUCUGGAGGAGUAUGCCGCCCAUGGCCAGACCAUCGCAGGUCACGGCAAGGACUCAGGGAACACCUUAUCUAGCGAUGCGUCCUUGAAGCAGGCUACCUCUGAGCUGCGCAUGCUGCUCGAGCGAUUCGCAAAUGGCAAGAGCCUCAGCACGAUCGGCGACGCCAUACAGACUCUCUACAGGGAUGCUCAGCAGGACGAAGAGCUUCGAGAGUGGUUCAAGUCGCUCGACACGUACGCUCGCAAGGUACUGCUCGACGCCGGCUUUGUGCUCGAGCCUCAGUGCAACAGCGAAGCAUCCGCCCUCAAGGAGAACGGCCGCAAGUUCUACGACGACAAGUACAAGAGUCACUUCGACAACUUCUUCAACACUACUGGCGACUGGUUCCGCGCCAUGGGCGAAGACCCUCUCAACAAGCGCUUCGGCCAGGACUGGGCUCGCCUCACCAAGGACCUCCUCUUCGACAGUGAGGGUAGCCUCAAGUUCAAGCCUGAGCUAUGGAUGGACAUCCGCAAGGUUAUCCUUCCCAGCAUCAUUAAACAAGUCGGAUGCAUUCCCAUCCCUCGCAUCGAGUACACCGACGACAACCUGGACCUCGUCAUCGAGAAUCUGGCGCUCUCUGGUCGCAACCUCUUCCCCAAUAUCGUUAGUAUGGAAGCGCACAACUUCAUCAAGUUUAGCCCGUAUGACGCCAUCAAGGACGAGAAUCACCACGAGUUCACGCUCACCCUGGGCCAAAUUCAGGCGGACAUGCGCGACGUCGCCUUCUAUUUCAAGCGCAAGUCGGGUUUCCCGAAGCUCACCGACUCGGGUCUCGCCGACGUCCUGCUCGGCGGCGAGGGUCUGACGGUCUCCGCGCACGUGGUGUCCGCGGACAAGGACAAGUCGAGCGUCUUCAAGGUCAAGAACGUCCACGUCAAAGUCGCCCACCUGAAGUUCUCCAUCCGCGAUUCAAAGCAUGACACCCUGUACAAGACCCUGCGACCGCUCGCCACAGGUCUCGUCAAGCGUCAGCUCCAGAAGGCCAUUGCGGACGCCAUCACGACCGGGCUUGAGUACGUCGAUGGCCAACUCGUCGGCGUGCGCGAUCGCAUGGCUGAUGCGAAGGCGUCGGAGGAGAAGACACGCACUCAGGUGCUUCAGGAGAUGUUCCAGCGCAACAAGGCUGAAGCGCAGUCAACCAAGUCGAAGGCGGAUGAAAAGGCCUCACACUUCAAGAUUGUCUCGCGCCACGACUCCGCACUGCUACCCCAACAGGGACACCCUGCCGGGUGGAUUAACCGCACUCAGGAGCGGGAGGAUGCCGCUCUUCGUGGAACCGAUUGGCGCAGUGACGCGUAA